UUAUCGGUGGUGUAUUUUUAAACAUGCGUGUAUUCUUCGUAAGAUUGUUGCGAAAAUGAAAGAUUAAAUUGCUUCAUCUAGGUCAUGGCCGCCUGGGUAUUUCGCUUCCUUGUUCAGAGGCCAAAAUUUUGUUUCGGAUUGACUUUGGGAGCGCAUUUCGUAUUGCUUCUGGUGACGGGUUCGCUCUAUCUUUCCGGCUAUGAUAUUUUGCCGGCCGAUUUUACCCAAGUUCCCUUGAAUCUUGAACACGAUGUGACAAAACUUCGCGCAGAUGCGUGGAAAUUCGCUCGGCAAGAUUCCCGAGUAAAUAUAAAUCCCACUUCCGUGGGAACUCAAAGCGAGAGAAUUAUUCAAUAUGACGUUCUGGAAUUGAUGUACGACGCUGGAAAGGGAAAUACUUUUACAAAACGAAAUUUGGAACUCAUUCAAGAAGCUGAGAUGGAAAUCUUUAACAAUUCCAUAUAUCAGCAACGCCUUUGUCAAAUGCUGGAAAAUGGUCUUUGUAAACCUCCCCUAUCUAUAAUUCGAUUCUUUGACGGGAGUUACAGAUCAAUUCAUACGGAUUUGUUUGAUCCAGAUUUUGAAAACAUUUCAAGAAUCCUAUCUUUGGCAAACUCGAUAAACGUAACUCGGGCUAUACUGGAUUUUCAUUUGGACAAACACGCCGCGGUUCAUCCCAAUGAGAACAUGCUAGUUCAAUCUCGAUAUACAAGGUCGUUAUUUUACAUUGGUUAUCCUCUUAAAGGAUUCCAUAACACUGAAGACCGAGUCGACAAACAGUGGGACCAAGCUCAGUUAUAUUCUAAGGGCGCAUUUGCCGAACAUUUAGAUGUGAAAUUUAGACAAGGAAUUGGGGAGAUGAAAUUUUAUUACUAUCUCCGUGCGUUAUUUUUUAAUGCCAUUUCUCAGCAGGUCAUAUAUGAUCUUCUUUUGGCUGGUGCUAGCUUUACAUUUAUUUUCCUCUUCAUGCUGUUUCAAACUCAGUCCAUUUGGAUAACAGGUUGGGCCGUGUUCAGCAUACUUACGUGUUUCUUCGGCGCGAACAUUAUCUACCGGGUGAUAUUGGACUGCCGGUACAUCGGUAUUUUUCACGUACUCUCCGUGUUUAUUAUUCUUGGUAUUGGAGCCGAUGAUGUGUUUGUAUUUAUCGACACGUGGAAAGCUUCAGAGUCAAAGACCUUUCGCGACUUGGCAUCAAGGAUCUCCUUUGUUUACCGGCGAGCGGCUAGUGCCAUGUUUACUACAUCGUUUACAACAAUUGUAGCCUUUGUAACGAGCGUCUUUUCUCCCUUGUUGGGCGUGUCCACAUUUGGCAUAUUCUCAGCGCUCUUAGUUUUUGUAAAUUUCUGCUCCGUUGUUAUCUUCUUUCCCACGGUCAUUAUAACUUACGAGUUUUACUGGAAAAACUAUCGUUGGCAUUGUUUUGGAGAUUUGAAAGCGUGGCAAGCUGUAAAAUCGCGCAGAGAAGACGUUGUUCAAGGCGAGGUAUCAGGAGAGGAACAACGGGAAGACAACUUCGUUGAGCCAAGUAAACUUGUCAGUAACUUCUUAGGAAACAGGUUUUUCAAAAACUUUAUUGCACACGAGAAAAUUCGUUGGAUAAUCCUAGGAGUAUUUUUGGUUUUUCUGUGUGUUUCUAUUGGAUUUGCGACACAGCUCACCCCAGAUGAGGAACCGGUGGACGUAUGGGGCCCGGGCACCAAUUGGUACAUUAUAAAGAGGUUACGGCGCUCGGCAUUUCGACCAAGUCAGGAAGAUCACGUAGUUGAGGUUCAUAUCAUCUGGGGACUGAAGAAUCAAGAUCGUAGCUCGUGUCACUUUACAGACUUUAAAUGCAAAGGGAACACUGUGUUUGAUCCAAGUUUUGACUUAAAUCCAUCAGAGUGCCAGGUGGCUUUGUUAGAAUUCUGUAAAGAAAUUAAAAACUUGCCAGAAAAAAAGAUCCAAAACUUGAGAAUAAGGAGAAACGCAAUUACGGGUGAACCAGAAAUCCAAUGUUUCAUAGACAGAUUGAAUGACUAUCUGCAGGAUGAAGCUAACAAGCCCAAGUAUUCUAACACCACGGUGUUUGCGAUACCAUCACGUGAAAGUGACGUACGACAGUUAAUGGCACGAAACCCUGACCUGUUUAACGUAACGUUAGUGGGUGAGAUGUACGACAGAUACUUUGAGGUGGUUCUUGGCUAUUGGCUGACCAAUGCCAAUCAGACUGUAACGUCAUCUGACUUCAAAACGUUCGGCGGAUUGUUGGGAGGAGCGAAGGAUCCAACUGACUCUUCCUCUAUUCCAAAUUAUCAAGGGGGCCAGUACGGAAACAGACUACUGUUUGCUUCUGUGGCUGUGAAUACAACCAUGGUUCUUAGCAAGACGGGGCAAACUGAAGGACUUAAAGUGUACGAUCACUGGGAAGGCUUCGUAAGGGAAAAGUUAAAGACGAUGCCAACUUCAUGUAACAGCGCCUUUCAAGCAACUCCUAAUGGACAUAACGCCUGGCACUGGCUUAAGGUCAAAAAGGUGCUAGCAUCAACUGCCGUGCGAGGCAUCCUGCUUGGACUGGGUCUAGCGAUAUCGCUUCUUGUUGUUAUGACAUCAAACUGGCUAGUAGGCUUGCUUUGUGGAGCCAUCAUAGCUUGUAUUACCGUUGGUGUCGUUGGUGUUAUACCGCUAGCGGGAUGGAAGCUUGGAGUUCUUGAAUCUCUGAAUCUCACUCUUGUUGUAGGACUUGCUGUCGAUUACGUAGUUCACCUUGCUGAUGGCUACGUGAGAUCCCAGAAGCCUACACGCCGGGAAAAAGUCAGAGACACACUAGAUCAUGUAGGAAUUUCCGUGCUGUCAGGAGCAAGCACGUCACUGGGCGCGUCUGUGUUCAUGAUAGCUGCUAAAAUUCUCUUUUUUUUUCAGUUUGGCAUUUUCAUGUUUUGUACCAUUGGCCUCUCAAUCAUCUACGCCCUCAUUUUGUUCACAACUGUUCUGGGUAUUUUCGGCCCUGAGGGAAACACCGGAUCACUAGAACCAUUUUACAAUUGGUGUAGAAGAAAAACUGGGCAUCCCGUACUGGAAGAGACUCCUUGUGAAGACAUAUCUGAUGCUGAGUACCAGUUUCCUCCGUUAGGGUCUUGUAAAACAGCCACACCUUUGUAACAUCGACUAUCGCGCAACAACAACUGCAAAAUAAAUCCUCGCGUUUACAAUUUCCUAAAAUUUUUCUUGGCGGUGCUAUUCAAAAAGGACAAAAAUCUGAAACUUAAAAAAAAACUCUCUAAACUGAAACAGACACUUUUUUGUAUCCUAUUGUUUCAAGAAAAGAUGGAGUUAACAUAUGCUAACGAUGCCAAAAUUCAUCGCAGUGAAAGUCCAGCACGCAUAUAUCUGAUAUCACGAAUGAAUCAAACGCUCUCCAGAACUUACUACAUCAGGUAAAGCUGAAGAAUUGACAUUGAUAUGGGUCAUUUUUUCAGCAUUAAGCAAACAACAGAUUAGAAUGGACAGUCAAACAGUAAGUUCCACAUUGUGUUAUCACACCAAAACAACAGAACAGCCACAUGAGCGGAUGAACGUACAAUGAUAAGCAUAUUGCAAAACGCCACUGGAAAGUGAGAACAAGAGAGAAGUGCUAUCUUUAUUUUUAUUAUCUAUAUUCAACAAUUUACAAGAUAAAAAUAUUUCUUGAGUAAUUCGUUACCUGAGGCCUACGUUCACAACUUGAAAUGUCAUAGGAAAUGUGUGACGCGGGGUUGACUUGGUUGGCUAACUUAUUGACCAAUCAGGUAGCAGCCAUACGUUACGUGGUAACGUCACAAGAAGACUCGGUAUCAAAAAAAAAAAUGAAAAUGAAAUCAAUCUCCAAAUAAUCAGUAAACAUUUGUCUAUAGAAUAUAAAACAGAAUAA